AUGUGUCUUUUGUUAAAUUAAUCUGUAUAUAUAGCCUGUAUUUGUUGUACAAUAUUAUAAUAUAAAGACUAGUAUAAAUAUGAAAAAUACUCAUAUGUUUUACUCGAGAGUUUACUAUUUUUUAGGCUUUUCAAAUAGAUAUUUACUUCUCCUUUUUUUUCUGGGUUAAUAAUAAGUAUUACUUAUAUUUUAAAAUAAAUUGGAGUUUUUUAAGAUUUUUCUGAUAUUAUUUUUUACAGUCCUUUGAUAUAAUUAAUAUGUAUUUUUUCACUAAAUUUUUGUUCCAGAAUAUUAAUUUGGGUUUAUUCUUUAUUAAAAAUGAAUUCUUCGAAAAAACAGAGAAUAUAAAGACUUUAAUUAUUUAAUUUUUUAUAAAUGACUCUUUUUUUUCCUUUAAACAUGAUUUCUUUGGCACUUUCUAGUAUGCUAGAUGUACCUUUUUUGCCUGUAUUUGGUCUGCCCGUUUAUUUUUGUGGAUUCCCUCGCCCGAAAAGAUUUUGGGAAAGAAUAAGCAGUUCCAACAGGUAAACCAACGAAGCUUUUAUAUAUGAGAAAUUUUCGAAAAACCUAUAAAAAAUUCUCGGGAAUUUCCUAUUGAAAAAAAGCUUCUUAAAAGUAGGUGAUUUUUACCUCCUUAGAUUUGAAAAAUAUAUAGGAAUAAUAUAAAUACUAGAAUGUGGAAAUAACUAUACUAUAGUCUAAUUUAAAGGACUAGAAUCUUAAGAAAUGACAAGUUGUCAUUCUAUAGAGUGUAACUAAAUUGAUAGAAUAAUAGAAGAGACUUUUAUAUAAAAAAAGUGUUUUUUUAAGGAUUUUUUAGGGGCGGCUUUACCUUUUGGAUAAUAGAAUAUUAAUAUGUAUGAUGAAAAUUAACUGCAGUUUACAGGAAUAAUAACCGAUGAGGAUUUUAUUAAAGGUUUUUCGGAAAUUUUAGUUAAAGUUUUGGUUUAUUUUAUACAUGUUUUUUUCGAAGAAAAUGAGUUUUUUUAAUUGGAUGAAUUUUUAAAUGAAUUUUAAGAAAUUUUAUUAAAAAAAGAUUUUCCAAAGGAAGGAUUUUUGCCUAUAGAAUUUUGCGAAAAAAUAGGAUUUUUUAAUGUUUUUUAAGAGGGUAAAAAAGAGGAAAAAUACAAACAAAAUUAUAAAAAAUUUAAAAGCUUUUUAAAUGAGGAAGAAAAAAAUACAAAAAAAAUCGAUUAAGAAAUGAAUAAUUUCCUCGAAGACAUCGAAAAUGAGCUAAAUCAAAUAAAGCCUUAAAAAAUUCGUCCUCAAGCCGAAUCUCCUCCAACAAAAAGCAAAGAAAAUAUUCAAAAAGUACUAAAAAUUCUCUAUUUUUUAAUCCUCAAUGACACAUCUUUUAACCCUAAAAAACUCGAUUAAGCACAUAUAUACAAAAUAUUUACUAAAAGUGACUUUUUAUUACAAAAAUACCCUUUUUUUUAGAAAAAAAAGAAGCUAUUUUACAUCAUAUAAACUUCUUUGAGGUUUUCCCUGAAAAUUUCAUAUGAUUCGUAUGCCUAUUUAGGUUCAAAUUUAGGUAUUCCAAACGAUGAAAUUAUAAAUAAUAUUAAAGAAAACGAUGAAAAAGCUUAUAUAGGGAUUCCAUAAGAAAAAUAAUGGAAAAAAUCAAUAGAAAAUGAUGUAGAAGUUUUAUGGACUUUAAAUUUUAAUACUGAAAACUAGUAAAUAUCAAUUUCUAGAAGUUCUUUUAAAAGCGUUUAGUGUAAUUUUUUUUAAUUCAAAAGUGAUAUAGUAUAGUCUAUUUGGGCUAAUUUAGCUUUCGAGCUUUAUUACGCAACUAAUGAUGAUGAUGAAAGGUACUCUAUUUAAACUCAUGAAUAGUUUUUUAGGAAUAUUUGUAUUUAAUAGGCGGAAGAACCUUUAGGUUAUGCACCAUUUUAUUCAGGAUGUUAAAGUAUUUAUUAUUGA